CCCACUGGCUCAGAGGCUGCUCCUCACUAUUCCUCUUACACUAACCCCCAGUAUCUCAAAAUGUGAUUGUAUGCGAAAAUAGGGUCUUUAUAAUGCAAAUAAAUGAAAAUGGGAUCACUAGGGUGAGCCUUAUCAAAAUGAGUGCUGUCCUUUUAAGAAAAUAAAGCUUAGACACAUAUGUCCGUAGAGAGGAGUCCAUGUGAAGACACAGGCAAGGGUGGCCGUCCCUAGGCCAUGGAGAGAGGCCCGGAACAGAUCCUUCCCUCACAGCCCUCAGAAGAAACCUGUCCCGCCAGCACCUUCAUCUUGGACUUCCAGCCUCCAGAACUACUCUCCAUGGGGAAGAGAGAAAAGGAAGCCUCUUCUGAUAUCUGCAACUGAAAUUUCAGGGAAGUGGACUGCCAGCCAGGCAUGGGGAGGAAGCCCUGGGUACCCUGCCCAGUCUGGAAACCUCAUGUCUUUCUAUCAAAUCAGAGAUCAUGGCUGUGUGGGCAGUAACAGAGCCUGGGGUUGAGCUGCACCAAGCUUUGGCCAGUGCUCCUCUCUGGAUGGAGGCUCUGGUAGUUUCCAGACACCCCUUACGCAACAGAGCCUUCCUUGCUUAUGGACAAGGCCUUCAUCAGUUCUUUAAUAACCUUCAGUGAGAAUUGGAUAUGCCUCUGGGCUGAAGCCAGCAAGGGAACACCCCACAGAAUGCCCUCCAAAUCACAGAGAAGGUUUGAGGGAGCAGAGAGGCCUUCUGCUCGGGGCGCAGGCGAAAUGGCCCUGGUGCCUUAUGACGAGAACGCGGCCGUGGGGCUGCAGAAAUUCCACAAGCCUCUUGCCACCUUCUCCUUUGCAAACCACACGAUCCAGAUCAGGCAGGACUGGAGGCAGCUGGGAGUGGCCGCGGUGGUUUGGGAUGCGGCUGUCGUUCUUUCCACCUAUCUGGAGAUGGGCGCUGUGGAGCUCAGGGGCUGCUCUGCCGUGGAGCUGGGUGCUGGCACAGGGCUGGUGGGCAUAGUGGCUGCCCUGCUGGGUGCUCAAGUGACUAUCACGGAUCGAAAAGUAGCAUUAGAAUUUCUUAAGUCAAAUGUUCAAGCCAACUUACCUCCCCAUAUCCAACCCAAAGCUGUUGUUAAGGAAUUGACUUGGGGACAAAAUUUGGGGAGUUAUUCAUCUGGAGAAUUUGACCUGAUACUUGGAGCUGAUAUCAUAUAUAUAGAAGAAACAUUCGCAGAUCUUCUUCAAACAUUGGAACAUCUCUGUAGCAACCACUCAGUGAUUCUUUUAGCUUGCCGAAUUCGCUAUGAACGGGAUAACAACUUCUUAGUGAUGCUGGAGAGGCAAUUUACUGUGAGUAAAGUUCACUAUGACCCUGAAAAAGAUGUACAUAUUUACAAAGCACUGAAGAGAAACCAGAGGGAGGACUUAUAAUUGACCAUAUUUAUAGGAAUGUUGUCAUUGAGUGUCAGUGGAGAUCUUAGACUGGAACUCUAACAAUAUUUCAUAAAAUGGCUUCCUGAACACAAAGUGUAAAGGUUCUCAUCAGACAGCACAAUGUGAGGUUUUACAGCAGAGCCCCAUGUGUUCCAUUGCGUUUUUUGGUCAUAUUUUACUCUGAAGUUCAAUUAACAUUUAAAGGCAAGUCUAAGACUUUUGAUUUAUGUCAUUUCUGUAUCCCAUACCGCUCCCUUUUCAUUCCCAGUUCUGACAACCUGGUACAAAGGCAUCUCCAGUGUAGUAAGGUUGUUUGAAUGAGGCAAUAUCAUGCACAUCAUAUAUAUAUAAGGUCUGAUUUUCUAACUUUGAGUAUUAAACAAGGGGUUUAACAGACAUUCCCUGAGCUUUUAAUGCUCCUGAAAUCUUUUGUCUGCCUCACCUGUAGGUCUUAAAUACUUUUGGUUGUUUUGUGAUUAGGGUAAAUGUCUUCUGAGUCUCAUACCCUGUUUUUUUGUUGUUGUUGUUUUUUGGCGGGGGGCUGUUUCAGACAAAUAAACAAAGAAAUAAUAAAAAUAAAAUUUUAUUUACUUUUUGAAAGCUCCAUGGAUUUCUUUGUGCUGUGACUUGUGACUUGGUUACCUUCAACUCAAAAGCCGUUCCGUUGUUUUUCCCUUUCUCAGAUGUGAUUUUACAUUUUUUUCCUGGACUUCUGCCUCCUUACAAUGCAUAGAAUGACAAUGAAAACAAGUUUUAAAUU